AUGAGCGAUGUGGGUUUUUCUUUGCAUUUCUGGGCGAUUCCGAUGAUUUUCAGAACAAAGGACCCGUGGAGAAGACGAAGGAAGCCGCGUCGGACGCCUAUCACAAGGUCGUCGGUGAGAAGAAAACCGAAGACAAGGCCGCCGACCAGGUCAAGGAGACUGCCGACUCUGCGGCUAAGAAGGUUUUUUCGAUUAUUUUGAGCCCUGGAAAUGAAAAACUGUUAUUUAUUUUAGGCUCAUCUGAAAUCGUUUUUUUUUGUCAUAGUAUAUCCUUCAAGGAUGAAUAUAAUAUUCUCAAGAUCGUGACACUUCAAAUUCAAUAUUUCAAUCGAGAAAGUCGGAUUCGAUGUUGUCUACUGAUUUUUUUUUUCGUAGAAAGAUUGGAUGACGGCACUGCUAAUUUUCGAGAGGUGACGUCAUCGAUCGGAAAAAUGACGUCACUGCGGAUAAUUUCCUGAUGAAAACUUGAUGACCGAGUUUUAGAAGUAUAUCUUUUGUACUCUCGUAGCUUUGCCUCAUUUGAUGACGUCAUAAUUUGAAACGAUGACGUCAUGGAUUUAUAAAUAACACUCGAAGAUCUACAAAGACUGCAUGCUCUUCUAAUUUCGAACGUUUUUUCUAGUUAUUUUUAUUCAUCGAAAUUAAAGAGGUUUCUUUUUUCUUUUAGUAACAUCUAUUUUAUAAUUAUUAAAAAUUCGAUCAUGAAAAAGUUCUAUUCAGGAAAAGAUUAAUCGAAUUUUCAGUCCUUUAUUUUAGAUUUAGCUCUGUUUUAUCAACUGGGUCUAUUUGAUCAUCCUUUAGUGGCUCGAAAUUUUCUUUUUUUGAUAACUUUAAGCCUCAUAUAUAUGAAUAUAUCAUAUCAACAAAAGCCUGGAUUUUUUAAAUCGUUUUUUGAACCUACUUCAACUUUCAAAAUAACUCAGAACAAAUUGAAUUGAACUAAUUAAGGUGAAGGAAGUCCGUAAAGAUGCCCAAGAAGCGGUUGAUAAGCUUAAACCAGAAGAAGAAAAAGAGACGACCAAGGAGAAAAUCGAGCACAAAGCCGAACACGUCAAGGAAGUCAUCAAGGAGAAGGUUGAUUUCUUCCAAAAUUAAAUGUUUAAAUUAUUAUUGCAGGUUGAAGAUUUAAAAGAAGGCGCCAAGGACGCCAAGGACGCCAUCAAGGAGAAGGUAAUUUCUCGAAUUUUGAAGUAAAUUUGAACCAGUAGAAGCAGCUUUUCAUGAAAAUGUUUUAAAAGUCAAAUUUUCAGGUCGUAGACAUCAAGGAUGCCAUCAAGGAUAAGGUAUUAAUUUUUUUAGUGCGCAAAAUUUUUUUAAAAUUGCAAGAAACUUCUUUUUGGAGAAAAUUAUUUUUUUCAAAAAAACUUCGAAAAAUCUUAUGAUUUAUGAGUAUUUUUUUCAUAUGAUUUUUUUGGUUUCUUUUCCAUUUUUUAAAUAUUUAAAAAAAUAUCGAUAAAAUAAUUUUUCCAGGUCCAAGAAGCGAAAGAUAACAAUUAG